CCAAUCCACAGCGGCCAGUGCCCUUGUGCGGAGGGGUCAUGGCUGCCGGGGACCUGGCCGGGAGCUUCCAGGACGAGGUGACGUGUCCCCUCUGCCUGGAGUAUUUCACAGACCCGGUGUCUAUCGAGUGCGGGCACAACUUCUGCCGGGCCUGCCUCAGCCAGUGCUGGGGGGAGUCGGAGCCCAACCCUUCCUGCCCCCAGUGCAGAGAGACCGCCCCACAGAGACACCUGCGGCCCAACCGCCCGCUGGGCAACCUGGUGGAGCUGGUGAAACGCCUGCGGCUCCCGGCGGGGCCAGCGCCCGAGGGGCAGCCAGGGUGCGAGAGGCACCAGGAGGCCCUGAAGCUCUUCUGUUGGGAGGAUCAAGCCUCCAUCUGCGUGGUCUGCAGAGAGUCCCGGGAGCACCGUGCCCACACGGUGAUGCCCAUCGAGGAGGCAGUCCUGGAGUACAGGGAGAAACUCCAGGGGGCCCUGGGCCCGCUCAGAGAGGAGCUGGAGGAGACCCUGCUGCUGACAUCUAAAGAGGAGGAGAAAACCACGGAGUGGCAGAGGAAAGUGCAGGCGAAGCGGGAGACGAUUGCCGCUGAAUUUAACAAGCUGCACGCGCUGCUGAGGGCGGAGGAGCAGCUGCUUCUGCAGAGGCUGGCGGAGGACGAGCGGGCGACCCUGCAGAGGCUCCAGGAAAACGUCGCCAAACUCUCCCAGCAAAGCGCCUCUCUGCAGCGGCUGAUCGCAGAGAUCGAGGAGAAGUGUCAGCAACCGGCUGCCCAGCUGCUGAAGCUGCUGUCUCGUUCACGUAGCAAAAACAUGGAAGAGGAAAAUGGAAGAUCUGAAACCCUGAAAAAAACCCAAGCCAUCAAUGAAGAUUAUAAAAAAACAGGCUAUGACCGGGGACACCUGAACCCGUAUGCCUUCCAGUGUGAUGGUCGAGCAGCCACCUUCACCCUCACCAAUGUGGUUCCCAUGGACCCCUGCUUCAACCGGGUCAGAUGGUUGGAGCUGGAAAAACAUCUUAAGGCGCAGUUAACACAGGACUGCCCUGACCCAGAAGAGAACGCCUUUCUCGUGACCGGAGUGGUGCCCAACAACCAGCAUAAAAUCCCCAGGGAGGAUGACGACAAAAGAAGAGGAAUCGUGCUAGAUGCGGAGAGGGUGGUGGUGCUCAACAACCAGCAUAAAAUCCCCAGAGAGGAUGACGACAAAAGAAGAGGAAUCACGCGAGAUGCGGAGAGGGUGGUGGUGCCCAGCCACAUCUGGACAGCCGUUUGCUGCAAUCAACCACUCAAUAACGAGAAAUUUGCCUUCGCCUUCCUGGGGGAGAACAGGCCAGACAGCAUCCUGGAGCACAUGACAGUGACGCAGCUGAGCCAAAAGUUAAAGGAGCUGUAUGGGAAUAAUCAAGCCAUCGAGAUUUUUAAAGAUGAUUGCAAUGAAGGCACCUCAAAGGCAAAGGAAGUUUUAUCAGCGAUCACCAAGAAAUUGUGCGGAGACCUUCCAAACUGGGUAAAGGAUGCCUGUCUGGAGAAAGAGCCACCAGAGAAAAAGCCCAAAAGAAACGGGUGAGGGAAACACACUGCUUAGGAGAAGCUGCAAUAGCUUGUGAGCGGGGGAGGGGGGGGGUAUAGGCAGCAAUUCCAAUAAACCUUUUAAUUGAACGGUCCUGGAGCCUGCGUAUCUGCAUGAGCUUCUCAGUAUCAGCCAGCCCCUCGCACUUCCCUCUCCUCCCACCUGCUGCUCUUCAGAUCUUGUCUUCAAUUAGCCCCCCAUCCUAUCCCCAUUUUGGUGCAGCCAAAGCCCCAUGGGGGCAGAGCUCUGCCCACUCGCGGGAGCUGAGGGUGAGCCCUGGCGAUCUGCAGCAGAUCCAGCCCAGCUCCGGCUCCCACUCUGGAUAGGAGCUUCUCGUCCAGAAAGGCUGGGGGCUCAGUCGGCCUAGAAUGGAUCCUCAAUUCUGCAGAAGCUAAAGGGGCCAACCGGGAAGUCCUGCUGUGACACGCAGAGCUCCGUGUUGUCCUGCAUCGCCAUGCCAGGUCUGUGCCACAGGGAUUCGGCUCCAUCUGGGCCCUGCAUCUCUGUGCUAAUGCCUGUGCCAAGGGGCUAUUGUCCCCUUUUGGGAAGCGUGUGGGGCUGCUGGGAUGGCAGGCGCUAGAGAAACGCAGCAAUGGUGAUUUGCAUAACGCUGAUUAAUGUUGCGGUGGGCGGUAAUUAUUAAAAUCAGUUUUGUGUGAAAACUUUUCCUGACGCGUCGCCAGAUCCUGCGAUGGGAAAUUCUGCUUGGCAAAUGAACAGGUUGCAAAUAAAAAGGGUUGAUGGCAAAGCGCCCCCGCUGCUGUGUCGUCUUGGACGGGCUGGAUGCGAGAGGGCAGCUGAGGACCCUCAACACCAUCAUGAUGCCCUGGGUCAGCCAGGGGACAGGACUCCUCUCUUAUCCCCUACCAGAAUCCCAGCCCAGUCUAGGGUACUUUCUGGGGUUCUUCCAAAGGGGAGCUCAGUGAACCAUAAGGUUCUCACCACUCCGGCUGGGGUCUUCAGCCAGGACCACGCCCCUCGGGUAAUGAUGCUUCAUCACAUGUGAUUAAUGCUGCGAGUAGGGAUGGGGGAAAAAAGGGAGGGGUGUCCUCUGUUGCUGAUGUCUGAGAACCAUCCCCAGCUGGGAUUCAGGCAGCAGCCAGUCUGUUUACACAGGAUCCUCCAGCCCAAUUGCCAAUUUCUUGCUCACACCUUUUGCUGUCCCAAAGCACGGCCGUUCCGCCAGGUGAUCCUCCAUCUGAUUUUCCUGGCCGAAGCAUCGGUUUCUUUCUGACUCUGAGGGACUGGUUGGAGCUGCUCCCCCAGAUCUGAAAUCUGCCUCGGUAACGUCCGCCAGGGAACUGGUGUAACUCUGCGUACAACGCUGCCCCACAGAUCUCACCAGGACAAUAAUGAUCAGCGAAAUACGAGUUUCUAUAGGACACCCCAGCAGGCUUGCUCUGUACCAAAGAUAUCCCAGCCUUGUACAAGCAGUGAGCACAGGGUACCGAGCGUCACAGAGAUCUAGCAAAGCAUGUAGGGCAGGCAGGUCCGUCUUCCCAGUGACAAUGCAUGGGAUGGGGCAGGAGUGGAGUGGGGGGCGCAGGGUCUGGGAGGGGGCUGUGACCUGAGAAGGGACGUAGGAGGGGGUGCAGUGUCGGGGACGGUAUGAGGGCUGAAGCAGGGGUGCAGGUUUGGGUUACAUGGGGUAAAGGGGGGGGUUGGGGUGCCAGAGGCAGGCUGUGACUGAUGGACCUUUCCUGGGUGGCUCUCGGCCAGUGGCCCAGCAGG